CCUGAAGUGAAUUGUCACUCCUAAGACGCUAGUUUCAUCCCUUAUGCAAAAUUUAAUGUAGGGUCUGACAGGAAGAAAAAAAAGGAGUAUCAUAAGAGAAUUAAUUUUUGAUCAAACGCCGGGUGAUUAGUGCAAAGAGUCCUGUGAGUUUAGACAAAACAAAAGCGGACACAUGUCUAUGCCAAUAGGAGCUUCGCCGCGUGUCGCUCAAAAUUUCCGACAGUUCAACCAGAGUCCAUUAUCACAGCCUUUCCAGGGUGGAUCGGCAGCCGCUUUGGCUCAAGCAGGUAAGAGGCUUUUACGUGAAAUUUGUGUAGAUAGUUUCGGCCAAAGUCUUUUCGCCUACUUCCAAUAGUCUUGUUUAGGUCUACAUGUACACUCACCAGGAUCUGAGCUCUCCUUCGCAGUAAUGCACGCAUUAAAAAAUUGUUGGUUCCUCACUGUACGGUGUAACAGUUUUAAGGUUUAGAGGUGCUUGUAUCGUUAAUAUAUUGAUAAUAGAUGUAUUAAGGAGUUAUUUUUUCCUCUGGCUCACUGUACUUUUGCUAAACAAAACGAAACAAAAUAAAACGAAAUAAAAAUCUGUUAUUUGCGAAAUGAAAAUCUGUAAUUUGAGCAAUAAAAAUCUCUGGCAUUAAUAUUGUACAUCUGUAAUCAUCAUUUGCUAUGUCGCUUGUUCAAUCCACACCAGCGGUGAACUGACCAAUUCAUCCUUCUAGCCACUGGAGUUCUCCUUGUGAUACUUUGUUCAGCAAAUUACAAAUUCCACAUUGCAAAUUACAGAUUUAAAAUGACAAAUCUUCAUGUUGCAAAUAACAGAUUUAUUUUUCAAAUUACUGAUUUUUAGUUCAUUUUAUUUCAUUUUGUUGGUCGCAAAAAUUUCAGUUAGCUGUUUCUCUCAAGAGCAGUAUGACUGAUAGAUAAGGAAUCAGAUUUCUGAUAUUUACUUUAGCCCAAACUACUGUAAAUUAUGGAAACAAAGUUCAGGACAGAUCUUAGUUCAAUUAUAGCGGCCAUUUAAUUUGGCCCAGUAUUCAAUGUGAUACUGAUUUGUGGUAUGUGGUUGGUAGUGUUCUUCAAAGGCAUGAAAUUGAGGAGGCUCAAAAAGGGUGAAGGAUAAAUUUUGUAACACUUUUUUUGGAGGACCCUGGGAAAUAUGUGAACAGAGAACAAUGAAUGUUAAAAGUCUUGGCACUUUCUACAACUUUUUGAAUUUUUUUCUAUAACUUUAAUUUAUCUUCCCCUACCCUCUUUUUCAAUGGUGCCUGGUGUCAACAAAAAUGUUACUAAUUCAGGUAACAUUGUUCAGGGGAAAAGGAAAACUUUCAAGAAACUUAUUAGAGAGAAAUUUCAGGAUUUCUGUUUAUUGUGUUAAGUGGAGGGUUGUCAACCACCUACUAAUGGAGGCAUGUCAACCACUUUUGCUUUUCUUUUCAGUGUAGAUUAAUGCACUAAUUUUUUACAAAUUAAAAUUAGAUGUCUAUGCUGCCUUGUAAUUUCCGGUGGACAUUGUUCUGGAACCAUUUCAGGACCAGGGAUGGGUUUUACUGCAACUUUGCCAACAAAGAAAUGAAUAAUUGUUUUUGGCAAUUUUGUGGAAAAUGCACUAGUUCAUGCUGUUGUUUGCAGACUUUCCAAAAGGCAGUAGAUAUGUUAAGUGCAGUCACAUGAAACUCAUUCAUAAAAGUUUUUUAUUCAACUUAAGUUCUUGUUAUGUUGAUAGAGAUGCAAAUCAUUUGAUCUGAAUAAUGAACUUGUAUAUCCCACCAUGUUUACAUUUAAGACUAAAGAAGAAUUAGAAUUUUUCACUCAACUUGGAACCUAAAAACAGGGAUAUACAUUUCUUUAUUUGCAAAAUUUCUUUCUUUUUCUUACAGCAAGAUUUCGACCUCCCUAUCACCCUGGACCUCAGGCAAUGAUGGGACAGGUUUGUGUCUUAAAUCUUUUGUGGUUUGACCUCUGUACCUUUCAUAUGUAAAAAUCACUCUGGUUCAAACAUUAAAAUGACAGUAGUUUCUUUUGGGAGGCUUUUGCAUGCUUGAUAUAUGCCUAUUUUGGAUCAGUGUCAGUGUCUGAGAAACUGUGCAUCUACCCCUCCCCUAAACCAACAUUAACUCUAACUUGUUAUCCGUUGACUAUUGUUGAGUUAGGGAAGGGGUACAUUAUAGUUUUGCAGUUGCUCAGAUGCUUGCAUUGAUCCACUAUUUCUCACACUCUCAGAAUUAAGGAUACUUCCCUGCAACCCUUUCAGAUUAUUUUUAAAAGAUGUUUUCCUCCCAAAUAUUUUACCACACAUAUUUGUAUGUUCAGACACAAUUUGUACUAUUUACAUGGAGAUUCCCUGUCUAUCUGAUAUUCUUACAAACUUACAAGCUUUACAUGGAGUGUCUCAUCAGAACAGUAUUUGCAAUUUGGGAUGAUAGGGUGAUCAACAAGUAAAUUUGCCACAGAUAAGUGAUUAGAAGAGAGUAAAGUAUAAACCUAGGUGGUAUUGUUUCUUUUAAAGCCAAUUUUCAGAAACAAUAUUGUAAGUAAUGAAUGACACGCAUUGGAGAAAUGAAUGCUAAGAUCUUUGGAGUGAAAAGAUCUAGCAGAUGUUGAGUAACACAUGGCUGGUCCUGAAAGUGGAUGAAAAGUUGGGACUGCUGUGCUGUAACUGAUUUCCUUAAAAACAAGAUGGGUCCAUCAUACAUUGUACCUGCAUAAAAACAGCUGUUGUGAUCUCAUAAAAAGGAGUACUUUUAGCUUGUUAACAUAAUUUAGAACAUUUUGUUCCCAACAGAAAUAGUGUCUCAAAAAUUAUGCCUUGAAUGAACAGAUCAAAUUUGUGCUUUCAUUCAAUCUAGCAACUCUUGAGAGUAAUGUCUGUGCUGCAUGACAAACCAUCAAUUGACCAAGCAUAUACAUUUAAAAUUCUGUAUGCUGGCUCCAUUUGGUUUUGUUUUGUGUUUUUUGCUGACUCCCAUUUUGUCUCAGUCCUAUGGAAUUAAAAUGAAAAAGGACUUGGCCAAAACUCAGUUACUUUGAUCAACAAACCUUGUCAGUGACUCAUAAAUGUUUUGUUAUUUUCAGGCUCAAAACCAGUGGGGACAGAUGAGUUAUGGACAGCCCAGGUUUGCUACACAGAGAUUAAUCUCACAGGUGGGUGACUGUAGUUGUAAACUUGGAGUUGUAUUUGAAGUAGUUUGAUCUUUCCUUCGUUUGACAUUCUUAAAAUUAGUUAAAAUUAUAAAUUUAGACCCUCUUAACCCUUUAACUCCCAAGAUCUCACUAGUAAUUCUCCUUAAUGUCUGCUAUAGAGUUCUUGUGAUGUUAGUAUGGAGAAUUUGCUAUUGGAUCAACUUAUAAUCCCCUCAUUGAUAUUUUUCUUUAUUCUCAUCACUUGUCUGCUUGAUAUUGUAUUGAUAUUGUAAGGAGAAAUUCUGUCCUGGUCAUUUAUGGGAGUUAAAGGGUUAAUGUCAUUCUUAGCUUUUUUCAAAAAUGGGAGUGGGGGGGGGGGGCUAAAGCUCUCUGCAUAAUACUACAAACUUAAUAGCAUUGCCAGGGUUUCAAUUACAGCCAACAAUUAGUGAAUUUCACCGUCUAUUUCUCUGAACUUAACAACAUAAGAGUAAGGGUCAAAUUUAUCAGGACCUCUGCAUUACCUUGAAUUAUAAAGAGGGAAUGUUUUGGGACAAACGUAGUAUUUAAUUAUUAAUGAACAAAUCAUAUUACAAAUAAGCUUUGGUGAAACCAUUGAUGAAAAAUGUAUUCCUUAACAGGCAUCUGAUAUUCGUAUUCCAAAACCACCAAAGCCUCCAGAGAAACCACUGAUGCCUUAUAUGAGGUUCAGUAGAAAGGUGAGCUUUUAAAUGCGUAAAUAUCAAAUUUGUGAUAUGAACUUAACCAAUAGUAGUGAAUCAACAUGCUACAAAUAGCAACACAUAAACAAUUUACCUCAGCGUUUGAUGAAGAGUAGCAGUAUUGCAGUUGAUAUGUUGCAAUCAACAUCCAUAGUGACUCCAUCCUGAGACAAACAAAUAAAGUUUAUCUCCUAUCUUACACCAUGAUGAACCAUAAACUUACAUUUUAUUACAUGAACUCAAGAUGCUGUUGCAGAUGUUUAUUAAAGAUCAGCUCAUGGAGGCUUCUCUUCAUAUGAAAACUAUUUUCAUCUUCCUUAAACUUAUUUCUUAGCAAAGAAUACAAUGUGACUAGCAUUCCUGUUUUUUUUUUCUUUGUAGGUUUGGGAUCAAGUAAAACUCCAAAAUCCAGAGUCAAAAUUAUGGGAAAUUGGAAGAAUUAUCGGACAAAUGUGGAGAGAUCUUAGUGAUCUGGAAAAACAGGUACACUGUGAGCAACUCAUCCAAACAUUUCUUCUUUAUAAAUGCAUACCUUGUGGACCAGAGGCAUUUUGUAGUCUGUUUGGUGUCAAAGACAAGACAUCAGCACACAGUUGCUGAAGUCAAGUUUUAUUGUAAGCUAGCUUACCAGGCACAGUUGGGUAAGGAGAGUGUGCUUCUCUUACUUAACCUCUAUUUCUUUGGAGGUUUUAAGACCAAACCCCAGAAUGAAAGGAGAGAUUGAGCCAAUUGUUAUAGCCAUUGAUGAGAAAAUGAAACACACCUGUACCAAGCUUGCAACAGCACAAAAAUUGUCUUUCACCAGUUUUCAUUAAAAGCUCAAAAUUAGCCUAUUUCUCAUUUCAUUUAUGUGUAUGCCACUUUCUAUGUUGUCGAUCCUCACAGUAUGCAAUACAUGGGCUCAAUAGAGUGGAGUCUCUGUGGCUCAGUGGAAGGGUAUUGUAGCAUGGAAUCCGUUGUGUCAAAGAUGGUCCAGGUACAAUAGGAGGGGUGGUGGAUGGUACAUGUACCUUGAGAAUCUUUGAUCAGCAAACUUUUUUACUGAUUUUGAAAUCUUGUUGGCCUUUGGAAUAAGUUUGAAAUCUCACCGUUUUUCAAAAUUCUCUGAAUUUUUCCUUUAGCCAAGGGUCUCAGUCAAUAGGUGGCUAGUGAGAUUAGCUGAGAGUUAUCACUGUGAGCAAAGAAUGCCUGUGUAUCUUGGCUGUUGUUUGGAAGUGAUGUAAUGUAUAAGAUGCUACAGUAUGGCACAAAUGGGAAUGCAAAUGGGAGUAGUGCAACACUAAUGCUAAAUUUCAGCGGCCUCAUGACAAAUGACAAUGACAAUUUCUUCUCCUGUUACUAAGUAAUUCAGUAGGUAGUCAGGAUCUAAUGGUAUUACCAUUUCUGUUCUUUACAGGAACACUUGGAUGAAUAUGAAGUUGAAAAGGUAACUUUAGGCUUUUGGUAAUUUCAGAAAAGGAAAAAAAAAAACAUGAUGUUUGUUUGAUACCAUGUCAUAAAAAAAAGAUGGCAGUCCUUUUAAAAUGGAAAACAAUGGUGUUAAGCAACAAAGAAAUUGAACUGCAAAGCAAAUGAAAAAGAUGACAAAUUUUUUUAAAAUGGAGAACAAUGGUGUCUAGCAACCAAGAAAUGGAAAUGCAAAGCAAGCAAACUACCCCCUGCGUUUGAAGGGACUGUUUUCCAGUUCUGUUAAGGUUGUAACAGUAAUUUUUUAUUUCAACUGAAUAAAGUGUGUUUCUUUUUUUUUUCAUUCUUGUAGCAAGAGUAUAAUGAAGCAAUGAAGGCCUAUCACAACUCUCCAGCUUAUCAAGCAUGGAUUGUGGCCAAAGGAAGAGGUGAUUAUCGAUACAAUAUUCUUUUAGGUGGUUUGAACUCAGGAUAACAAGUUGUUAAAUGGUGUUAUGGUUGGUGUGAAUUGGCCAAGUGAGGAUCAUCCUGAAUAGGAUUUUCUCAAUAGUGAAGACUGAUGUUGUGAUAAACAAAGAUGAAGUUACAUGUACAAUCAAGGUCAAUGAAACUACCUACAAAAAGACACAAGUAAUGAAUUACUGUAAACUUUAUCUUGUGAUGUCUUACAGCACAAGCUGCUCUUCAAGAGCAGCAAGCAAUGGAGAGAGCUAUGAUGGGUUCCAUGCCUUUUGGGGUAAGUUCUCUUGUCAUGACAUACCUGCAACCAUGCAUCAAAUACCUACAGUGGUAGGCAACUUGAGUGUGUGUUUAAAUGUCACAAUAGUAAUGGUGGUAGUGCUCCUAAAUAUUAAUGACACUUCAAUAAAGUUCUUAUCUUAUGCUCUACAACUGAGCUACAGGGAACUCUUUGGUGAGCUACAUUGUAGGCAAUUGCUAGACUCUUAUGUUAACAUGGAUGGCAUUCCUACAUGUAGUAAUUGUUUGGCUCAUUGGCAAAUUCUCUCUGUGGGAAGUCAGAUCUGUUUUCUUUGAUCCAUGCUUGUCUUAAAUUAUUGAUAUCUGUCUUUCUUUGAUGAGAGAGCUCACAAUGUACCAUAGCUAUCAUUUUUAUUUACUCACUGGGCAGUUACACUUUUCUUACUUGCUCUCCUUGAUUGGAUAGUGGUGACACACAAAUAAUCUAUUGCUUUGGAAAGAAAUUGAAAAGGAAACUAUUUAUAACUUUGUUUGUUGGUCAGAAAAUGGAUGAGGCAAGAUUUGGCAUUCAACCUGUGGACGACGAUGAUGGUAGGUUAAACUGUCAGUUGUGCUUGUGGCACAUUUGAGGGCAAGAAAGUGGUAGGAAAAGAAAUUAUUCAAAGGGACCCUUACAAAUUUAUCUUCCAUCUUUCCUUGGAUUUGUUUAGGAAGUUUCUCCUUGCGAAUGGUUUCUUUUAAGAUUAGUUUCAAGCUUUUGUUAGUGUUCAUUGUGGGGGACAUGUUUUCCUUUUCCAAGGGUGGAGCCUUAAUUGAGUGCCAUCACAGUCCCCCACUAUUUUACGAGAGGGCGCUACUCGUAAUAGGCUAUGAUCUCAUUUUUACAUUGGGGUUUGAGGGGGGUUGGAAGGAGGCAAAAUAGCUAAUAACACCUCUUGACAUGUUGCGAGUGAAGAAAGUUGGGACAGGCUCCAUCCUGGCAAAGAAACAUGGUCUGUUCACUGUUGAGAGACUUCACCUUUACCUUUCUCUGUUUUCAGAUGAGGAUGACGCCUUCUCAGUCAAACACAUAUCCGCAGCUCGUUUUCAUCGAAAUCAUAAGUUGAUGUCAGAAAUAUUCAGUGACACAGUGGUCAGGGAUGUACGAACAGGUCAGAUUACAAAAAAGAAAAGGAAGAAAUGCUUAGACUUUGUCUUUUUUUGUUUUUAAUGUUUGGCUGUUUGCAACUUUUGUAUGAAAAUUUUAGGUUGACUUAUCAACUGUAUUGGGCCUUUGAGAGUUUUUUGUCUGAUCUGAUAAGUUUUUUUAUAUUUCGUCUUUGUGUUGUUGACACCUAUGAUGGUCAAUGAUAUCAGUUGUGGAGUGUCUCAACACUUUCACACCAUUGUCUAUAAGACGUAUUCCUCAAUUGUUGUCCUGUUUAUUACUUUAGUUGUAACCAAGUCCCGUCUGGGAGUCCUCAAGCGUCAAGUCCAGUCCCUCAUAGCCCAUCAGGUAAGUCGUUUGCUCUUUGCUGAAUACAAAGACCUCACAUAACAAUUCUAGAGAUUGUGUGGACGAAACAACUAUUUCAUUUGGCACGCGCUGUACUUUUUCUUUUUCAUGUAAAACAGUUUGCAUGUUUUAUAAUGCUAUCGAUAAGCCUUUUGCCAAGCAUGAAAAACAUCUAAAAUGGUAAGCUAUUGGAAAUUGUGUUCUUUUUGCAUCUCCUCCUCCGAUGCAAUAUUAGUUAAACAUUAUCUCACUUUAAAACAAAGUGUGCCUCAAGUCUUUGUAUUUUUCUGGUUACGGUACCUUGGCUAACUUAUUUUUCUAAUAACGAUUCUCUCAGGGUGAUAAAAAUUUAAUUCCAACCUGUUUCUUGUGUUAUCUCUUGAGUAGAAAAAGCUGGAAAGUGAGUUGCAGCAAAUCGAAGAAAAGUUUGAGGGUAAAAAACGAAAGUUUAUCGAUGACAGCGAAAAAUUUAACGACGCCCUUAAGAAGGUAAAGAAGCUGGUCUUUUUUUUGUUGUUGUUUAGUUUGUUCUUAAAAUAUUUACAACAUGUGUCCUCCCUUUCGAACAUCUUUUCCAAAGAAGUGAUCGAAUGUUUAUGUUUCUUGCAGCUUUGCGAACCUCUGAAUGAAGGGGAGACAACCGACGUGGGGGAGCUGAAAAAAGGCAAAGGCACCGGUAUAAGUUUGCCCCCGGAGGACCCUAAACCAUCCACAUCUUGA